AUGGAAACUGACGGUUUAAAGCCUGAUGAAGAGGAAAUACAGGAGCUCAAGUCUAAAAUCAAACUCCAAGGCGAAAAGAUUCGGGCAUUAAAAUUACUAAAGACUGACCAAAAGACUGUAGAAACCGAAGUUGCCACCCUUCUGGAUUUAAAAAAACAAUUAGCUUCUUUAAUUGGCGAAGACAAUUCCGAAAAUUUCUCGGGACGUUCACGUAAAAGAUCCCCAGUAUCAUCUAAAAGUUUGACAGAAUGCAUUUACUCUGUCGUGUUAUAUAUUGGUACUCGUGAUUAUAAUGAAAAAGAGAUGGCAAUUCGUGAAAAUAUUUUUUCUACAAUUAUCUCCAUCUUCAAGAAACAUGGGGCUGUCACUAUUGAUACUCCCGUUUUUGAAUUAAAAGAAAUUUUGUCUGGAAAAUAUGGUGAAGACAGUAAAUUGAUCUUCGAUCUUGAAGAUCAAGGUGGUGAAAAGUGUUCUCUACGAUAUGAUUUAACUGUCCCCUUUGCCCGAUUCUUAGCUAUGAAUGGUUCUCAAUAUCAAAAUAUUAAAAGAUACCAAAUUGCAAAGGUUUACAGAAGAGAUCAACCUGCCAUGACAAAAGGCCGUAUGCGAGAAUUUUAUCAAUGUGAUUUUGACAUAGCUGGUGUUUAUGAUCCAAUGAUUGCUGAUUCAGAAGUUGUGAAAAUCAUGUGCGAAUGUUUAACAGCUCUCGAUAUUGGUAGAUACACUGUUAAGAUAAAUCACCGUAAAAUAUUGGAUGGUAUUUUUCAAGUAUGCGGGGUUCCAGACUCAAUUAUCAGGCCUAUAUCUUCUGCUGUAGAUAAAUUAGAUAAGUUACCAUGGGAGGAUGUCAAAAAGGAAAUGACAGAAGAGAAAGGAUUAGAUCCUAAAAUCGCUGAUUGCAUAGGAGAAUAUGUUAAACUAAAAGGCAAUAAAGAGCUUUUGGAUAAAUUGUUCCUAGACCAAUUAUUAGUUUCCAAUAAGAAUGCUAAAGUUGGGUUAGAUGACAUGGUCCUUCUUUUUAAGUAUUUAGAAAUAUUCGGCGUAUUAGAUAAGAUUUCUUUUGAUCUUAGCCUCGCUAGAGGACUAGAUUAUUAUACUGGCAUUAUUUAUGAAGCUGUAACUGAACAAUCUGGACCACCAAAGAGCGAAGAUGGAAGGCAAAUUAUUCGGAAGAUUAAAAAAGAUUCAGAUGAGCUUGACGAAACAACAGUUGGUGUGGGUUCUAUUGCCGCCGGUGGUCGUUAUGAUAACCUUGUAGGUGUGGAAAGAGUUUUCUCUAUUUUGCUGCAAAAAGUUGCGCUCGAGCAAGUCAAGGCAAACGAAGUUGAGGUUUAUGUAAUGGCUGUUGCUGACGGAUUAUUGGAAGAUAGAAUGAAGAUAUGUGCUGAACUAUGGGAUGCUGGAAUUAAGGCCGAAUUUAUGUACAAAAACAAGCCAAAAUUACAACCUCAAUUUUCAGUAUGUGAUCGUGAUCAGAUUCCCUUUGCUGUCAUUAUUGGUCGAGAUGAAUUAAGCCGUGGUGAAGUUAGGAUUAAAGAUAUGAGAUCUAAAGAACAAGGAGAAGGUGGUGGUUCUUCCAUAAAACGCAGUGAUAUGAUAGUUGAAUUAAAUAAAAGACUAGGAAAGGC